AUGUUCUUUUCGAUCUAUUUCUACUUGACAAUUUUAAUUUAUGAACAUCGCCUUUCAGCCAUUCCGACAUGUAUCAUCAUCGAUACGGAUAUCAUCCAACAACCUGAAGAGAACACUUCGUCAAUCAGCAAUCGGUCGUCAUCAACGAUACUUCUACGAAAUUUACGCAUGCUUGAUCAUCAACGUUCACCGGAUUUCGUCGCCGAACCGAUUCCACUGUCUUACAUCGAUGUCAAGCAAUUAUCGACAUCAGUAUCGUCCACACCGUCACUGAUUGAUCUCGAUGAAUCGGUUUUAAAAAAAGCUUUAGUCGAACCAGUUGUUGAACGAACCUAUGCGUCAUGUUCGUUCCAGUCAUUGAACGAAAUCGAAACAUACAUGGUGGUUCCGUUCGAAUUUCGUCGUUUACGUAUUGAACAACCUGAUCACUAUACAAAAUUUCUCGAUGAUGAUCCACGCGAAACUGUACCUGAUCUAUCCACCGCUGUUUAUGAACGUCGUUCAGAUCCGGAUGGCGUUCAUUUCUGUCGUACUUGUCAUGAUGGUUCGUGGAGUGAAUUAGCUGUAUGUGAGACAGUUCGUUGUGACGCCGAGCUUUUACGAGCUAAUCCACGUCUGGUGACAGAAUGGGGUGAAAUUAAGCCAUUAGAUGGCGGUGCACUUUACGCUCCAUCGACAAUCUUCGCGAUUUAUGCAUUUGCAUUCGGACCACAUUGUAAACGAUGUGAACCCAAUGGACAAUGGAGUCGUUAUGCGUUGCCAGAAAUCUGUUCGGAAAUCAAAUUUUUUGGUCGUGGUACAUCGACAACAACAGCAGCAGCAGCAACAACAAAAACAACAACGACAACAUUGAAAGUUAAUAAAAAUAUUUAUCCGAGAAUGAAACAAGGUACAACAUCAUCUGCCGUCAAAUCGUCAAACAAAAAACAAUAA